UGCUUUUAGUUGAGGCAAAUGUCAUUCGCCGCCGGCAGGCACAGGUGGUGAUCAAUUCCCUCCCCUACUCUUCGUUGUGCUACGCUACUACUUCACUACGUACCGUUGCCGCGAGGAGCAACCGAGCAGACGAUGAUGCCGAUGCCUCCUUCCCCUCCGGCUGUUCCGCUGAUCGGGCACCUCCACCUCGUCGCCGGCGGGCUCCCGCAUGUCCGCCUGCGGGACCUCGCUGCGAGGCAGCAGGACGGCGAGGGGCUCAUGCUCCUGCGCCUCGGAACGGUCCCGACGCUGGUAGUCUCGUCGCCGCACGCUGCGCAGCAGGUCCUGCGCGCCCACGACAAGUCGUUCGCGUCCCGGCCACGGACCGUCGUCGGUGACAUACUCUCGUACGGGCCGUCGGACGUCGGGCUCGCGCCGUACGGCGAUUGGUGGCGGCAGGCUAAGAAGCUGGUGACCACGCACCUUCUCAGCGCCAGAAAGGUGCAGUGCUACCGCGCCGCCCGCGAGGAGGAGGUGGGCGCAGUGAUCGCCAAGAUCCACGGUGCUGCCGGGGCACAUGCGGCUGUGGACAUGAGCGAGCUCCUGAGCUCCUUCACCAACGACAUCCUGUGCCGUGCAGUGGCUGGGCGGUCGUUCCGGGCGGACGACGGCCGGAACAAGGUGUUCCGGUAUGCCGGCACGGCCGUUGUAGGGGGCUUCAACCCGGAGAACUUGUACCCUCGGCUGGCAAAAGUAGCCGGCGGCGUGCUCACGUGGCCGGCACGCCGGAGGGCGGAGAGGCUGAGGUCCCAGUGGGACAAGGUCUUCGACGCCCUGAUCGACGAGCACGCGAGAGAGAUGGCCGGCGGCGCUGGUGGUGGAGAUCUAGAGGAGACUGACUUCAUACAUGUGCUCCUGUCCGUACAGGAAGAGUAUGGGCUCACCAGAAACAGCAUCAAGGGUAUCCUGGCUGACAUGUUUACAGCGGGCACUGAUACUUCAUAUGCGGCCCUAGAGUUCGCCAUGGCCGAGCUCAUGCGGCAUCCACAUGCUUUGGCCAAACUACAGGCUGAGGUGAGGAAAACAACGGCGGCGGCGGCGGCGUCGGGCGAAAAACAAGUGAAGGAGACAAACCUCGACGGAAUGACGUAUCUAAAGGCGGUCAUCAAAGAGACGCUCCGUCUCCACCCGCCAGCGCCGCUCCUUCUCCCGCAUCUCUCGCUAGAGGACUGCGACUUGGACAGCUACACCGUUCCAGCCGGCACGACCGUGCUCAUCAACGCCUGGGCCAUUGGGCGUGACCCGAGGGUGUGGAACGCCCCAGAUGAGUUCAUGCCUGAGAGGUUCAUCGUAGACGACGACGACGACAUGGGAGGCAUAGAUAAUAAUGGUUCUGUAGACUUGAGAGGAAACGACUUCCAGUUUCUGCCGUUCGGGUCGGGACGGAGGAUUUGCCCUGGGUUAAACUUUGCAUUGGUUUCCAUUGAGCUCAUGUUGGCAAACCUAGUCUACCACUUCGACUGGGAGCUAGCGGAAGGGGAGGAUAGCAAUAGCAAUAUUGAUAUGACUGAGGUGUUCGGAUUGACAGCGCGUCGAAAGCACAAGCUCCUUCUCGUCCCAAGAUCAGCAUCAAGUGCACCUGUCGCUGUAGACCAGAGCACAGGGAGAGGAGCUCAUAUGUAAACCUAGCUAGCUAGCCCCUUCGCUGCAAACUUGUAUGACAACUGUGUCAGUAGCCGCCAGAAUUAAGCUUAUUUUCGGCGGCUAAACUCUGGCCGCCGAAAACGGUGUACAAUGUUGUUGUGCGUGUCUCCAAUCUCCAGGAGUUUCCUCUCUCUAUCUCUUUACUUGCUAUAAUUGUUGCUUCCA